AUGAAGGCGGGUUGGAAUCCAAUUGGAUCUGCGAUCUUGCUGGUUAUAUGCCUCCCUGCGGUCUGGGGACAGCAAUGUUUAGAUCAUCCAGAGAUGCACAUCGGGAGCUCUGUAAAGACUAGCAGUGGGCUGGUUGAGGGGCACGCUGCACCUCGUAGGCCUGCAGUCUCUGAGUACCUGGGUAUCCCCUAUGCUUCGCCGCCAAUUGGAGAUCUUCGAUUCGCGGCUCCAGUAGCUUAUAAUUCCAAUGGCACCAUUCAGGCAACUGCCUAUGUGAGAUCUCUCCCUGCAGCCCGUGCUGAUUGCCCUGCAAAUGCUGGCUCGGUUCCAAAAUACCCUGGUUUUACUCCACAGGCUCCCAAGAUUGUCAAGUCGUUUACCCAGGCUCUGGGUACUUCCCAGAGUGAAGACUGCCUCUUCUUGAAUGUAUGGACCCGUCCCACGGUCUCCAAGUUAAAGCCAGUCCUGUUAUGGUUCCAUGGUGGUCGAUUCACCGGAGGCGGCGCCAACAAUCCAUACUAUGAUGGACAAGCCUUGGCGGAUGAGCAUGAGGUGGUGGUGGUGACUAUUAACUACCGAUUGAAUAUCCUUGGUUUCUCCGGUGCACCCAAUCUUCCUCAAAAUGUCGGUCUGCUGGAUCAACGUAUGGCAGUGGAAUGGGCCCAUCGCAAUAUCGCCGCGUUUGGUGGAGAUCCAAAGCGCAUCUCAAUCUUUGGUCAGUCUGCUGGUGGCUCUGCCGUUGACUAUUAUUCACAGGCUUGGGUAGACGAACCCCUUGUUGCCGGUUUCAUCUCACACUUUGGGACAUCACUCAGCUUUGUGCCCAACACUGCUGAAGAGUCCGCCGCUUACUUUUACACUGCUUCAAAGCUUCUCGGUUGUGGAGACCAAACCAAUGACCCCAAAGAAGUUGUCAAGUGUGUUCGCCAGAAGCCGUACACCGACGUCGUCAAGGCUGGCGGCAAGGUCCCGCCAGCACCUUCACCAGCCACUCCACAAGCAGUGUUCCAUCCGACAGUGGACGGAGUUACCGUGUUUGGCAACUACACCGAGAGAUCUGCUGCAGGCAGAUUCUCACGUCUGCCAUAUUUGAUUAACAGCAAUCAUUACGAACCUGGGUACUACCGCAUCAGUGCCUUUAACGCAAAUAUCUCCCUCAGUGAUAAGGCAUGGCAAAGUUUCAAUGAUGCGGCUUUCACUUGCCCUAGCGGUGCAUCCGCCAGAUAUCGAGUUCACAACGGCGUUCCGGUCUGGCAGUCCCACUACUUCGGCGACUGGGACAACCUACGCCUGUAUCCUAAUAGUGGAAGCUACCACGGCGCCGACCUACCUAUGGUGUUCGGAACUGGAGAUCAGGUCAGUGGAAUCCCAAACAGUGACCGAGAGAAUGAAUUUGCCCGGUACAUGGCUUCUGCCUGGGUCGCAUUUGCAAGCGAUCCUCAAGAGGGCUUGACGAAGUUCGGAUGGCCCCGAUACAAUCCUAAUGAGAAAACACUGGUUGGACUUGCCUACAAGGAUGGCUACAAUAGCCAGUUGCUUCGGCCUGAGGAUGUCGAGCAGGGAUGUGCUGCUUUGAAGGGGGAUAGCACUCCCGGAAAGGGUGCAUUUUAG